AAAAACUGUAAAUGAUGGUCCAACUACUUCAUAUUAUUAUUUUUUCACCGCUCGCUCGCUAGGAUCACCAAAAUUAUAGGAAAAAAUGAUAAAACAGUGAUAACGUUCCUUUUCUUCAUUUUUUCGAAAAACCGUUAAAAUUUGGCGUUCCCUUGGAAGUGCAAACCAAAUGCCUAACAACCACCAUGUACGUAGCCCGCAAAUGUCGGACCGUUGGUUCCCGCCUUAAGCACUCCUUUCACUUCCACUCUCUAUUCGUCACUCUUCCUUCCAUGCCCGCCACUUUGACCCACAAAUUCAAGACUUCCACUCACCAAGACCUGCAUUGUCUCCUGGAGAAAUGCUCUUCCAUGAGCGAACUGAAACAACUCCAUGCCCAAAUCAUCAUCCGCAGCCUGACCAAUGAAAACCUGACUCUCGGAAAACUAAUCUCUUUCUGCGCUGUUUCCGAUGCUGGCGAUCUCCGAUAUGCCCGACUGAUAUUUGACCAGGUUAUUGAACCCAAUAAGUUUAUGUACAAUUGUCUCAUAAGGGGUUACUCAAAUAGUGACGAACAAGUUAAUUCUUUACUGCUCUAUAGCAAAAUGAUUGCAUCUGGACUUUCGCCCAAUGAAUUUACUCUUCCGUUUGUUCUUAAGGUUUGUGCUGGAAAAUCUGCCUAUUGGGAUGCCGUUGUUGUUCAUGGUCAGGCUGUGAAACUAGGAUUUGGAUCUCAAGUUUGUGUGCAGAAUGCCCUCAUCAAUGUUUACGUUGUUUGCGGGCUAGUUCAAUGUGCCCAGAAAGUGUUUGACGAUAUACCGGAGAAGACAUUGGUUUCCUGGAAUUCGAUGUUUGGUGGGUAUUCUAGAAUUGGCUGUUGCAAGGAAGCCUUCUUAUUGUUUCGAAAGAUGAGAGAAUUGCAGCUGGAGCCUGAUAAAUUCACGAUGGUUAAUUUACUUUCAGUUUGUUCGCAUGGUUGUGAUUUGGAUUUGGGAAGAUACGUGCAUCAUUAUAUCGAGGUUACUGGAAUGGAGAUCGAUCAGAUCGUGAAAAAUUCCCUUUUGGAUAUGUAUGUCAAAUGUGGGAGUUUGCAUUCUGCACAAACAGUCUUCGAUAGAAUGUCUGAUAAAAAUGUAGUUUCAUGGACUUCCAUCUGUAAUGCAUAUGCUAAAUCUGGGCUUGUUGAAUUUGCCCAGGAAUUUUUUAAUAAGAUGCCCCUGAAGAAUGUGGUUUCCUGGAAUACAAUGAUCUCAUGUUUUGUUCGAGAAGGCAGAUUCAAGGAAGCUUUGGAUCUCUUCCACAAAAUGCUUAGUACAAGUGUGGUUCCAGACGAGGCUACCCUGGUCUGCAUUCUUUCAGCCUGCAGUCAAAUCGGUGAUUUAGUUACUGGAAAGGAAACCCACAAAUAUAUAUCCAAUAGUAGUAUAAAACCUAGUAUAACUCUGCUUAACUCCCUUAUGGACAUGUAUGCAAAAUGUGGUGCCCUUGGAAUUGCCAUGAAUCUCUUUCUUGAGAUUCCAGAAAAGAAUGUAGUGUCAUGGAAUGUUAUCAUUGGGGCACUUGCAUUGCAUGGUUGUGGACCAAAAGCGAUUGGCAUGUUUGAAGAGAUGAAAACUGAUGGAAUCUGGCCAGAUGAAUUCACCUUCACCGGAUUGCUUAGCGCGUGUAGUCACAGUGGUCUUGUGGACAUGGGGCGAUAUUACUUUGACAGAAUGACUUCUGUUUACAGUAUUUCACCUGAAAUUGAGCAUUAUGCCUGCAUAAUUGAUCUUCUAGGGAGAGGGGGACACUUAGAAGAAGCAAUUAGACUGAUAGGAGAAAUGCCAAUGAAGCCAGAUGUAGUAAUAUGGGGAGCUUUGCUUGGUGCUUGUAGGAUUCAUGCAAAUGUAGAAAUUGGAAAGCUUAUUCUAAAACAGUUCCUGGAGUUAGAGCCACAUACCUCUGGGUUAUAUGUGCUUCUCUCAAACAUAUUUUGUGAAGCUCAAAGAUGGGAAGAUGUAAAGAAGAUUAGGAAACUGAUGAAAGAUGGUGGGGUCAUUAAAACUAGAGCAAUUAGCUUCAUUGAAAUUGAUGGAUGUGUGCAUGAAUUUAUUGUUGAGGACAAAAGACAUGUACUUUCAAGCUAUAUAUACAUCAUGCUGGAUCAAUUAACAGAUCAUUUGAAGUCUACUGGGUGCUCAGCCGACCUUUCAAAUAUAUUUCUGGAUAUACCACAAAUGUAGCCUCGAUGUAUCAGUAAGUUCUAAACAAAUAAUUGUUUCAAACA